AAUUAGUACAAUCGAUAAUAAUUACAGAAAUCAUUUCGUAUAACAUCAAAAUUUAAGUUUAUAUUUUCGUCAAGAUGGCUUCCUCAGGAAAAAAAGGCAAAAAGAGUAAGGGGACCGUCAUUUCGCUACAAUCUUUUCUCUCCAAUGGAGAUACGCCAACCGGGACUACACAGGUGGCAAAGAAAGUCAGAAAUUUGGAUGGUGAUGAAAGUGAUGAUGGAAGCAAUGCUUUGCCUCUUGUGUAUCAACUUCCUACAGCACCACGGGCUAAUCGAAUAUUUGACGAUGACUCUAUUCCCCACAAGCCUCCCUUUAUAGCAUACAUUAAUAAUUUGCCAUUCGAUGCCAACGAGGAAGAUAUUUACGACUUCUUCGGACCUAUUAAUCUUGUGUCCCUCAGAUUACCUCGAGAAGAUGGAGAAACUGGUCGAUCUAGAGGCUUUGGUUACGUAGAAAUGGAUAACAGAGACGAUUUGAUCCAUGUACUCAGCUUACCAGAUCCAUCAAUUAAAGGACGUCGUAUUCGUAUUGAACUAUCAAAUGAAAACGAACAGAACCGUCAGAAAGGGAACCGUCGCUUUGAAGGAUUUGGGAAUAGUAGCGAAAAUAGGGACUCUGGUAAUUGGAGAAGGGAUAGUCAAAACAACGGCGGUGGCUUCAGUAGUUAUUCGGGAAAUUCAGAUCGAAGCUUUAACCGUGAGCGAAAGCCGAUAUCUGAAAGGGAAGAGAAUAACGCACCAGGCUCCUGGCGCACAAGUACAAGAAUUCAGUCCAGCGAUUUUUCACCAUCACAAAGAGACCGAGAUCAAACAAAUGACAAAUUUUGGGAAACUCGUAGUAAAAAUACUGAGCGCUUCGUAAAAGAAGACAACCUUGUCCCUGAAGAGAGGCCAAAGUUACAACUGAAGCCUCGGACACUGCCACUACCAGAGAUACUAUUAAAACCGGAAUCCGAAAACAAAGAUGUUUCCGAUACUACCAAUCUGAAAUCAAGUGGGGCCCCUUCUGAAAAAGUAUUUGGUUCGGCGAAGCCUGUAGAUACGGCAACUCGAGAAUUGGAAAUUGAGGAACGGUUAGCUGAAGCUCGUCGGCAGGAAAAAAUGCGCGAGGAAGAGACUGUAAAUGAAAAACUAUCUGAAAUUCAAAUUGAUAAAAAUGAUAAUGAAAAUGCUAAUGCUGCAGUGAGUUGGCGACGAAUCCAAGAUCCUUCCACAGUUGAAGAUAGCAAACGUUCUACAAUAAAAGAAGAACGUCGUCCCAGUGACUCAGACUAUAAUAAAUUUAACAAAGGCCGGGACCAAUGUGACAGAUCUGAGAGUUCUAAAUCUAGGACUAACCAAAGCCGAGAAGGGAAACCAAAAGAGGAAAUUAAAAAUAAACGAGAUGCUAAGAGCGAAAGAUCCUUGCCUAAGUAUCAACCUAAUCAGUCUGGACCUGUUUUGCAAUCUUCUAAUAAGUAUUCUGGACUUGACGAUGAGGCCUCUGAAUAAAUUUUUUCGUGUCUAAUAUUUGUACUAAAUUAAUGGAAUAAUAAAAUAAUGGAUGAAUUUAUCAUGA